AUGACAGUUGUUGAUAAUGAUGGUGCCUUGGAUUUGGAAGAGAUAGAAGCAGAUGAGAACCAAACGAAUUUGAAUAAUAACGAUGAUACUGAUUUAAUCGAAGAAUAUUUGACGGCACCCAUUUUCUUUAAGGUGUAUGACCCUGCAAUUCCAAGAACUUUUUUAGUUUUUAUUUUUUGUUUGUUUAUAAUAAGAUAUUCUAUUGUUCCUAUAACUACAGAAUCAUACAAGCAAUCUAGAAAGAUGUAUAUUACUAAUAAAGUCAUGGAGCAGAUAGAACUUGAGUUAAUUUCAAAUUUAUUAUUAGAAAUUGAUUCAUCAUUUGCGAAUUUAUCAGGAAUUGUUGA